AAUCGGAGAAAGGCUGAUGUUCUGAGCGAAUCGCGACACUUGAAAGAGAGAAUUGAAGAAGCUAGUGUUAAUGCAGUCAUUGAUAAACUGAUUCCGGUUCUCAAAUCAUUGAAGGAACUGGCUGGUAGACUGAGGGCUAGACUGUAUGAUCGUCGACUUUCUGAACUCAAUGCUUAUAUCCAGAAGCUACAAAAGUUGGAAAGUAAACUUGAUGAGGAGCAGAGGACUCUCAGCGAUCUCAAGAAGAAGUAUGCUGCUACAAUGACGGAGCAAAGGCGUUGCUAUUCUCUGUUGAAAGCAUUUCAGGGGGAAUGUUCAAAGAAUGAGACGAUUCGAGGUCAAACUACGACGUAG